GGAGGGGAGGGCUGCUUUCCAUUUAUGCGGAGGGCGGCCAUCACGGUUUGCUUAGUGCCAGAUCCACAGCUCAGUGCAGUCAUUCCCAGAGAAGAGCCACAAAAACACGUGCUGUAAGACCCUGCUCCACGGGACGACAUUACGAUUCAUCUUCUAGAAGUCUGCGCCUUUGCUCUUCAUUGGUUUCUGGGACAUCUGGGGAGAUUGUGGAGAUAACUUUGCAGGCUGAAGUGUCCUUCAUGAUGCUCACACUGCAAGGAGCCCAGAUGCUGCAGAUGCUGGAGAAUGCCUUGAGGAAGAGCCUUCCUGAAUCCUUAAAGGUUUAUGGAACCGUCUUCCAUAUGAACCGGGGAAAUCCUUUCAAGCUAAAGGCCCUAGUGGACAAGUGGCCAGAUUUUAAUACAGUGAUAAUCCACCCUGAGGAGCAGGUAAGCUACCAGAUGUGGAAUGAGUGUGCUUUUGUGUUUCUACGUGCUGAAUGCCUACCCAUGUCCUCCCGUCUAGGUUCACAGUCCAGCCUGAAUGAGGUGAUCCAGAGUCUUGCAGCCACGAAAGCCUUCAACGUCAAGCAAACACAAUGCUUCCUCUUUGUGAUGCCUGAGACAGCAAAGAGACUGGUUCCUUCCUUGGUGGAUGCAAAGAACGUGUCAUCCACGAGUGGCAGACCCAAGGCCAUCAACCAAGAGGAGUUUAAACUCUCAUCCCUGGACAUCACUCACGCUGCCUUGGUGAAUAAGUUCUGGCAUUUCGGUGGCAAUGAGAGGAGCCAGAGAUUCAUCGAGCGCUGCAUCCGGACCUUCCCCACCUUCUGUCUGCUGGGGCCUGAGAGGAGCCCCGUGUCCUGGACCUUGAUGGAUCAGACUGGAGAGCUGAGGAUGGCAGGUACUGUGCCCCAGUACCGGGCACAAGGCCUCAUCUCCUCUGUCAUCUAUUCCCAGAUCCAGGCUCUGGACAAACUAGGCUUCCCCCUCUAUGCUCACACCGACAAGAGCCACAAAAUUAUGCAGAAAAUGUCUUACAACCUGCAGCACAUCCAAAUGCCCUGUGACUGGAACCAGUGGAACUGUGUGCCUCUGUGACACUAAAUCUGAACGAGGACAAUGUUGGGGAACGUCAGGCAUUCAGCUGGAGGAAUAGCUGGUGGAUGGAGAGAACAUGUAAGCUGUAACCUUUGGCAAAGGAGUGAGUGCUGUUUGGUGUCAUGGAUUGCACUAGGUUCCCCAGUGUGAAGCCGACUCCGACAUUGUUCCUGUGGGCCCAUGUCACUUAGCUCCCCACAUUUCCAAGAUUGCUAUAACUCUCUCUACAACUUCUUUCUAUUUAAUUUUAACAGUUUUAUUGUCACUUCAUCCACAUAUCACACAAUUCAAUAGUUGACUCAUAUCAAGAGGAGUUGUACAAUCAUCACCACAAUCAAUUGUAUAGCGCCCCGCUGCGCCCCUCAACAUGGUUAAAUCACUUUUACAAUGA